CGAGCCCAUCUACAGAAAACCUCCCUUGGGCAAGAAGGCGGCCGCCAUGGAGUGUUGGGGCGAAGAAACCCCCUCCGAGGAAAGCCUAUUGCUCGUCUUCUCUCGACUGAAGCCCUACUGCCUCGGCCUCCUCGACCUCGUUCGCAACCCUAAGAACGAUGCCUCCUUCCUUGCCGAGAUGGCCGACUUCAUCCGAAGCGUCCCCGCCGCCGCCUUGCAGCCCUCUCUCGAUUAUACCUUGUUCCCUUUUCUCCUUUUGCUGGAUGCGGCGGUGCAGUGUAGAGAAGAGAAGAAGGCUGACUCGGAUGGGGGUUUUGGGAAUGCCGGUUCCCCAUUAGGUGGGCAUGCGAUCAGUGAUUCUGUGGUAGAAAGGAUGCUAAUGUGCCUUGAAGAACUUUUAAUGAAAUGCCAUCUGGGGUCUGUGAAUCAGAUGGUUGUGGUGCUAAAGAAAAUUACCACUGGAGCUAUGCUUUCACAUUCUGAGGCAUCAGAAGAAUUUCGUGAAGGAAUAAUAAGAUGCUUUAGGGCGAUGCUUCUCAAUUUACAACCUUGCUCUGCUAGUUCCUGUUCAUGCAAGCAAAGGGUUAUCAUGCCUACAUCCAAAUCUAUUGAUGGUGCUUUUGUGCAUCAUAAUACUCUCUCGAGAAAUUGUGUAGAAUCACUAGAAUGUUUGCUAGCAUUUCUCCAAUCUCAAAAUGCUUCAGCUGCAGUAGGGCAUUGGCUAUCACUUCUUCUCCAAGCUGCUGAAGUUGAGGCACUGAGAGGACACCGUGGAAGUGCAAAUCUCCGGAAAGAGGCAUUUCUUACCCUUCGAGUCCUUGUUGCCAAGGUUGGUACUGCUGAUGCACUUGCCUUCUUUCUACCGGGCGUUGUAAGCCGUUUUGCAAAGGCCUUAUAUGUAUCAAAAAAUAUGAUUAGUGGUGCUGCUGGAAGCUCUGUGGCCAUCGAGCAGGCUAUUUGUGGUUUGACUGAGUUCUUGAUUAUUGUUUUAGACGAUAAGGCAAAUCUGCACUCCCUUGACAUGCCUGUAAAUGAUAUUGGAUCACUUGCACCCAUGGAAAAUAACUCUACCCAAUCUGUUCUAGAGGCUCUUCGUAGUUUACCUUUAAAUGGUCAUGUUCAGUCAGCAAAUAUGAUUGGAGAUUCGUUUAAUCAAGCUAUCAACGAUGAUCAUAAACGAAAGAUAGUUGAUCAUAGCAAUGGCGAAAGAACUUUAUUCGUACAUCGUUCCAAGGAGUGGAUUGAUGAAACUUCUUCUAAUGUUGAUAAAUUAAUGUCUGCUGCAUUUCCACAUCUUUGUAUUCAUCCUGCAGAAAAGGUCAGAAAAGCACUUGUAGAUGGCAUACAGGGGCUUCUGUUGAAUUGCAGAUGCACCUUGAAAAGAAGCAAAUUAAUGCUUUUGGAGUGUUUGUGCGUGCUGGUUUGUGACGAUGCAGAUGUUGUGUCCAUGGUAGCACAGGAAUCCCUCGAAUCUUUAUUUGUUUUGGGUGAGAAAUUUAUAACCAAAAAUGAAAUUGCUGAUAUAUUUACCAGCCUCAUCAAAGCGCUUCCACGUGUGGUUCUUGGAAGUGAUAAGACAAUUGCUUUGUCACAUGCUCAGAAACUACUUUCUCUAGUCUAUUAUGCAGGUCCAGACCUUUUAGUUAAUUACCUUCAGUCUCCUGUCAAUGCAUCAUGUUUUUUGGAGUGUUUUGGAUUAUGCUUCAGUCAUAAUUCACGGUUUGCUGGUUCCAUGAAUAACCUAAUUUUGUCAAAACCGCUUUCAACUGGAUACUUGCUUUCCAUUGCUGAGCUGAAAACUGGCAAUAUCUUGAGUUCUCCAAGAAAUCUUACCAAGGAUGCCACUUUUCCUGUUGUUUCCAAAAUUUCUAUUUUGCAAGAUGAGGAUUUGCAAAGUCCUUCAGAAUAUGUAAGUAGUGUUUUGGAGUUUCCUCACAUGCCUCCUUGGUUUGGUAUUGCUGGCAGUCAGAAACUAUACCUAACUCUUGCUGGAGUACUUAGACUUGUCGGGCUGUCCAUAAUAUCAGGACAAAAGAGCAAUAUGUUUUUAUCAGUUCUUGUUGAUAAUUUGCUAGAUCAGUUUCGCCAGUUGAUAUCAGAGCUUCGUAUGAAAGAAUAUGGCAAAGAACGGUGGAAAACUUGGUAUUUUCAUCAUGGUUCUGGCCAGUUAUUGCGCAAGACAAGUUCUGCAGUUUGCGUGUUAAAUGAGAUAAUAUACGGAUUAUCAGAACAGUCAGUUAAUACAUAUUCAACAUUCUUUAAAAAGUCUAGGGAAGAAACCUUGCAAGAAAAGAAACUUGCAUAUGAUGAUGACAAGUCUACAACUUUCAAAUGCCAAGGAUCAGCUUGGAAUACGAGAGAGGGAAAGGAUAAUAGGGAUGCUACAAUUCUUUCCAUUGGCAGCAUUUUGCAUGAAUAUUUGUCACCUGAAGUGUGGGACAUUCCAUUGGAUCAGAAUGCACCUCUGCUGGAACAUGAAAUAGAAUUAGAUCUUCCAUUACAUUUCUUCCUAGACACCAUAAUGCUGCAACAGGUGAUCUUAGAUGGAAUAGGCAUUUUCAGCAUAGUUCUUGGAAAAGAUUUUAUAAGCAGUGGAUUUUUGCACUCUUCUCUUUAUUUAUUACUAAGGAACUUGAUUUGCUCUAACAGUGAGAUAAGAAUCGCAUCAGAUGCUGUCCUACGUGUUCUUUCUGUUUUGUCCGGCCAUGCCACCGUAGGGCACUUGGUUGUGGCAAAUGCAGACUAUAUUAUUGACACUUUAUGUUACCAGUUGCGGCAUUUGGAUAUCAAUCCCCAUGUUCCUGAUGUACUUGCUGCUAUACUGUCCUAUGUCGGUACUGCUCGAGAUAUUCUGCCAUUGUUGGAGGAGCCGAUGCGAGCUGUAUCCUCAGAGUUAGAGGUCCUUGGUAGGCAUCAACACCCAAAUUUAACUAUUCCUUUUCUAAAGGUAAAAUCCUAUGAGACUCAAGCGAGCGCCCAAGCGGCACUUCACUUAAGUGCGUCGCCUGAUAAUAGUGUAAGGUGCUCAAGCCUCGCCUCGCCCGAGUGCCUAGGCGAGCGCUCGGGCACCUAGUUAAACCCCUGCUUUGGAUUAAAUUAACAUAUCAUGUGUGCUAACAAUCAUUGCCUGGCCAUGUCAUGCCAUUGUGUUUGCAUGUCCUUAUGCCUUGUGAUGGCAACCAUUACUCAAAGGAUGUUACUAUGUUGCUUUAAUGUCUAAGCAAUUCUUUGUUGGUCUUCCCCUAUGCCUCAAUAUUGUCCUAUGUGCUGACUAAUAUCCUUUGACUCAGCUGACCUUAUGCAAUUUCUAGGUCUUUUUUAUAUAUGUCCAUAUCAAGGUUAAAAAUUUUGUGGCAUGCUACUCAAUAUGGACAAUAUAUGCCGGUUGAGUAAGGACUGAUUUUGGAUUUUCCCCUACUGAUCCAGUACAAAACAAACCUCCCAGGUUGUUGCUAAUUUAGUCUAAAUUAGGAUCUACAUUACUACACUAGGCUGCUUUGGUCCUAGACUGACCACAGGCUGGACUGUUUAAUUGUCUGAACUGGCUUCAGCCAGAAAAUAGCCCAAGACUUCCAUCAAAGUUUAGUUGUGAGUUUUUGCUCCCUGCGACUGACCUCCUCUAAGGUGGUGAAAAAAAGAAGAAAAAGAUAAAGGACAAAGGAAGACCUUGAGUCAUCCUUUUCCCAUUGUGGCAAUGAGAAUUGGAAAAAAGGAGCUGGCAGAGGUACCUCCUUUUUUUCCUCUUCCCCCUUUUUGUUUUUGUCCAAUUUUUUCAUUUGAUCAGCUUUGACAAGUACAAAAAAAAAGAUUUUUCUUUUAUUAUUUGACCAGUAUGGCACUAAAAUUUAUUGGACCUGUAUAAUGUAUAUCAUUCUAUCCCUUGUUAUAUCAAGAAGAAUUAUGGUUGGCAUUCCAAAGUAUUUAGAAUUGUGGUUAACUCUUCUUGUAUCAGAGUUAUGUUUCCUUUUUGUUUUAUGUUUAAUAUAAUGAAUAUAAAUCUCUUUUGCUUGGAGAAAAAAAAUCUUUUUUGUUUUAUCUUGUUCUAUUAUUAUAUUCUUCUUUCUUGUUUUAUCUUGUUCUAUUAUUUCAUCUUAAUCCUAAAGUUUGAAGAUGUUACAAGCAGAUUUUCUUAUUUGUAUUUUGAGCU